AUGCACACCGCUACAAUGAACUGCAAUAAAUAUAUUGCCAAACCAGAUUCCGGUGUGCUGGUACCAUGUGAGACGCUACAUGCUGGCGGCUGUACCCUGACCACCACGUUAGACGCCGGGGACGCACCGCCUGGCGACCAACCAUGCUACGUUACAGUAGACAUUCACGAGGGGAUUCAAAGUGUGGACAAUCCUCUUCAAGUCCAUCGAUGUGGGAACAUCACCAUUAACUCCCUGGUAUCGUUCCAAUGUGAUUUUGCCUACAAAGUAAGUACAUUUUCUGUCCUGCCGGAUCGCAAUGACGUCUUUACCGACAAGUUAAGACUCGACUUGCCGUCCAAAACUCUACCUGCCGGUCUGAUCAUGGUGCAGGUUACUGUGACCAUGGAUAUCCCGACGCUUGGACACACCAGCAUUGGUGUGGCUCAGACGUGGGUAGAGGUUCUACCGUUCCCUAUAGUUGCAACAACAAACGGCUUGAGCGCAAGAACCCUGAUUAUUGGUCACUUUUUUGUUGUUGCUUCGUUGUCUCAUGAUCCUGAUUGCCGGAUACCCAGAGACCAAUUAAGCUACACCUGGACCUGUGAAGCAGUGCAUUUUCCGAACGCACCAGAUCUAUUCGGAAGCCAACAAUUAUUUACGGAUCCAGAAGCAGGUGUCUUACAUUUCAACACUUUUACAAGGCCAGGUUUUCCGCUGAACUCUACUGUCAGAGUCAGUGUGGUCAUCAGCGCUGAGGGACAUCAAGCUGGUUCUACCUACAUCGACAUACACACUGUAGGAGCAUCUGACCUGGGGGGAUGUUUCAUAAACUGUAACCCUGGUGACUUCCACGCUCACGAUAUGCUUCAUAUCGGUCUGCAUCCUGUCAUCGCUGACAGUUCCGGUCUUAACCUAUGGACGCUAGUGGAAGCCCCGUCAGAUUUUCCAGGCGUUAACUGGACACGCGACAUCUUACUCGCUGAUGACACUGACCUGAAAGUUCGUCCAAAUGUCUUCACAGUUCCAGGAAACUACACAAUUAGAGCUACCAACUACCUUAACCCGAAUUUUCCACGGAUAGCAGAGUAUCGGUUCCUUGUGAUUAGGAAUCCCACACCAAGCAGUCUUCUCCAUGACAACUCGGCAGAAAUACCACCGAAUGUUUGCUCUGUCUUUCCACAAGAUGGGGUUUCAUUAGUGGACAAGUUCUGCAUCGUCUGCGAAGAAUUUUAUGAUGAUCUUGGUCCACUUAAAAUGGAUAUUAAAUUCAAGAUUGAUCCAAGUGGCGUCGAUUUAGCAACCGUUAAAUUUCCAGGAGAUAGCCCAGCUACUACCGUUGACAUCUUUGUUAACGUGUUUUCUGGUUGGGUCUUCUACACACCCAUGUUGGACUUCGCUCCAGGUAACAUAACAAUAGAAGUGGUGGUGUCCAGUGCUGACGGACGCAGCUCUACCGUUCAACUAGACCCUAUUGUUAUAACGGACUUGGUGGCUGAGAACAUGGCAAAAGUGGAUGUACAGGACUUUGAUGCUGUUACAGGAUUGGCAGCCUGCAUCUUGCUAGUGACCGCAUUUCCCGAGCAUGUGUCUGGUGAGGCACAGGUUCACAGUGCAAUGUCUCUGAUGCAUGCAACUGAGAAAUUAAGAGAGUUGUCAAGAAAUUACUCCAAGACUGUUGAGGAUGUGAACUAUGCUACAGCAUUGAUAUUUACAGAUGUUACAGGCCUUGCUGUCAAAUGUGGGAACUCGACUGUUCCUGUUUCUGACCUGAGUGUACCCAUAGACAUCCUGACGAGACGAGAAAACAAAAGACUGGAUGAAAUCAUGUAUGUCUUCUCGUCAUCUUCACCGCUUGGUAACAUAUCGAUAUUUCAUUUUUAUGCUAGAAGAAACAUGUCAUCACUGAGCUUCAGCGUGGAUUUUAACAGCACCCUCUUUCCACAAGAAGUCACUCUUUGGUUAAGCAAACAUGAGCCUCCAACACCAGAUACCUAUGACUGGACAACAACCUUACCACUUCCUGAUGAUGAGCUCUUCAGCGUCCCAUGGAUAAAUGGAACAUUCCUGACAUCCAGCGCUUACCAGUGGCUGCUGCCGGAAGAUGUGAUUGUCAUCACAGAUACCGAUGUGGACGUGUACAACAGGACGGACUAUUUCAUAGGAGUUCGGUUCGGCUCUGAUGUUGAUCGUGCCAGCGGUGAAAUCGUCAGCUUCACUCUGUACGUCUUUGAGACAACCUGUGUCUACUUUGAAGAAAACCAAACUCACCUGUGGCAACGUGACGGCUGUAGGGUCGGUUUGAUGUCAAACAUCAGCCACGUCCACUGCCAGUGUGAUCACCUGACCAAGUUUGCUGGUUUCGUGGCGCCAAACCCACUGAACAUCCGGGAAGUUUUCUCAAAGAACAUCUUGGAGAAUCCGACAGGUCUCAUCCUGGUUCUCACUGUGUUCAUGUCCUACGUGAUGGGUGUUGUCUGGGCCAGGAAAGCAGACAGAAAAGAUAUCGCUAAGGUUGGGGUGGGACUACUUCCUGGUCACAGGCUGAACUCACGUAAGGAAUGCCAAUACGUCAUCACAGUAUACACUGGAUUUCGUGGCAAUGCGGGAACAACUGCUAAGAUUACAUUGGUGCUAUACGGCAGCCAAUACGAGAGCCUUCCCUUUACGCUGCGGGACGACAACCGAUGUCUGUUUGAACAAGGCAGUGUGGACUCUUUCCUGAUGUCAACAGAAGAACCUCUAGGGGUCAUCACACACAUGAGAGUAUGGCACAACAACGCUGGUUUCAGCCCCUCAUGGUACCUUAGUCAAAUCAUAGUAACAGACAGGGGAACAAACAACACAGCACAUUUUCUAAGUAACAGGUGGCUCGCUGUUGACGAAGAUGAUGGAAAGAUAGAACGCAUCAUACCGGCAGCAGGAAAAGAGGAAAUUACUAAGUUCCAAAACUUGUUCUUUACUAAAUGUACAAGGGACGUGACUGAUGAUCACCUGUGGUACUCUGUUGCCGGCCGCCCGGCCCGGAGUCCCUUCACCCGAGUCCAGCGCCUGUCUUGCUGCCUGACGCUGCUCUACAGCACCAUGGUCACCAACAUCAUGUUCUUCGGCCGCGGGGACGACUUCGAUCCGCCAGAACCACUCAAGAUAGCUGGUCUGGAGAUCAACCUUCCGAUUUCUCUUCCACAGCUGAUGAUUGGCCUACAGAGUGCAGCCAUCAUCCUACCAGUCAACGUCCUCAUCGUCUUUCUUUUCCGUAAUUCGGGAAAACAGACGACAGAAAAGACUGACGGCAAGAAGUCGAACUUAGAGCUCGGUAGACGCGUGUUGAAAUUAUUACGUCGCAGACCUAGAGAGAUGCGAGAUUGUGCUUCUGAUAAUCCAGACACGCCGUCAUUUUGGUACUCAAGAGACAGAACGGUCCCCGGAAACAAAGACCACAAGCUCAGAGUGCUGCAGUCGUCAUUGGAUGUUGAUGUUGAAGAAAGUUCCAGGAAGCUCAGUGAUGAUAACACAGGUCUUGACCAGAAGUCGUCUCUGCCCUGGUGGAGUGUUCUUCUAGGCUGGUUCCUUGUGUGGUCCGGGAGUUUUGUGGCGGCUUUCUUCACAGUUCUGUACACGCUGAGUUUCGGGAGAGAGAAAGCGGACGCCUGGGUCUGCACCUUCGUGACGUCAUUCGUCAGUGACUUGUUUCUGGUGCAACCUGUCAAACUGGUUCUAGUGGCGAUGAUCUUUUCCUUAUUUACAAAGAAACCCGUUGUGGAAGAAGACCCACCACCCACAUCAAAGGGGGACGACGAGGAAUAUAUAAUGUACAAGGAGGUUCCAUGUGAGGAAAAGUCCAGCUCACCACCAGAUGAAACAGUUCUGGCAGAAGCCAGAGCCAAGAGUACAGAGAAACGGAAACGUCGUAACGCUGUUCUGGAGGUGAUGGUGUUUAGCCUGUUCGUGACGGUUAUCAUGCUCACUGCGUACAACGAGAGAAGCCCGCUGGCCUUCUACAUGUCACAGAACGUGAAAGAACAGAUUGUGAAUGAAGACUUCUCAAUUAUCAAAGACAUCGAAUCGUUUUGGAGUUGGGUCGAACACGAUCUGAUUCCAACAACCAGCUCAGCAGAAUGGUACAACGGACAAAACAUGUCAACAGACACGGUACUCAAGGACAUGUUAACGCAUCAUUUGGACGUGGUACAUUUGAGACAACUGCGACUAAAACAGGGACGACUCUGUGAAACACCUAACAGAAUGAGACAUAUAACACCACUGUGUACUGUGGGCUUCUCUACACGGAUGGAAGAUGUUGGCAAUUAUACACAGGGGUGGAUUCCUUACAACGAAACUGCCAACAGUACAGACACGGUUAUAUGUACGUCGACGUCAGCUACAUCUACAAGUACAGUAAGUACGCCGGCCAUAGGAGAGGACUGUACAGACAGACUACUGACGGCAGAAGAAAUAACAAGACCUUGGAAGUACACCGUCCCUCCUCUGUUUGACAGCUUUCCAUAUUUCGGACAGCAAGGCAUAUAUCACACAGGUGGCUACUUGGCUCCGCUGGGAAAAACACGUGCAUCAAGUUUGCGGUUGACAAAAUUCCUACAACAAAGCAGGUGGUUGGAUGAGCGAACCCGUGCCGUCUUCGUGGAGCUGAUUCUGUACAACCCACAUGCGAACCUGUUCUCUCUGGUAACCCUACUGGUGGAGUUUACUAACCUGGGAGCUGUCUACAGACGGGCCGAGGUUGUAACCUUGAGGCUGAUCCAACAAGACGUCAUCUUACUCUUGACAUUGCGAGCUGUGUUGGCGAUCUUUCUUCUUUUCUUUGCUAUCAAAGAAGCGAAAAAGUUUUUACCGCGUCCGAUGGAAUAUCUUAGUGAGUUCUGGAGCUGGGUCGAACUUCUUGUAGUCACCGUUGGUAUCGCAUCUCUUGGAGUCUAUUUCAAUGCUCAGAGUAUCAUCGAUGAGGCUGCCGAACUGAAGUCAUCCCCAAUCUCUGUUUUUGGUCUCUACAAAAGCGCAGUCAACUGGUUCCAAGUUUACACAUACCUGCUGGCAUUGCUCAUCUGUUGUGGCACGUUGAAGUUCAUUCGGCUCCUCCGGUUCAACUCACACGUCUACGCUCUGACCAGGACCAUCACAAAGUCCGCCAAACCCGUGGUACUGUUUACCGUCAUGGCUGGCAUCGUUCUCAUGGCCUUUACUCAGAUGGGGAAUCUUCUAUUCGGCACCAGGCUGCAGGAUUACAAGAACGUGCCGACCAGUCUACAGAGUCUGUGUAUCAUGAUGUUAGGUAGUUUUGAUUUCGAUGCUCUCGUUGAUGGACAUUGGGUCCUUGGUCCCUUGAUGUUCUUUUCCUAUCAGGUCUUGAUGCAGUUUAUAUUACUGAGUAUGUUUAUGGCUAUCCUUAUGGAUGUGUACGCAGAGAAAAGUCAGGAUCCCAAUACAAACCAUUUGCAGAUGGUAGCUUUGAUCAGAGACACAACGUUGGAGGUUACUAGGAAAGCAAAGCGUAGUUUGUCAACAGUUGGAAAGAACAACGACAGCAAAACAUCUCAGGGGGAAAAACCAGAUCUGGACAAUCACAGAAAGUUUUCCAAGGUGGUCGAAGAACUUGAUGAGGUUUCUAAAGCGUAA